UGAUUUCCGUUCCAUUUCCAUCCCAGUGGAAAGUCUUUGCUAAUUAAAUACAAUAUCGACAACCCACGUGUUGACCUGCCUUUUAGAAAUCUUUUUUAAAUGACAAGGCAGAAAACACGGUGCUUUGAAGCAGUAUUAAAUCAUGGCAAAACCUACUUUAUAUGACAGAGUAGCCUAAUGACUUGUACGUUUGAUGUGUAUCCUAAACAAAACCACCACUACUUAAAACGUUUAUUGCAUUGACUAUAUAAGUAUUUUAACCCGAUCGAUUCUAAUCACGGGGCAACGUGCUACAUAAAUGGUAACGCACGAAAAUAUCCGGCGGCAAAUGCAAAUUUCUACUUCACUUGAAGGCACCGUUGUAGAGUCAAUGAGAACGGAAAAGGACAGUCAAAUGACGUAAUCUGACGUACCACAGGUUUAAUAUUAUGGCAUGGAGGACUAGUAAGGUGAGUCUUGUGCAAGCCACCAGUUAACCUCACAAUAAGGAAGAAGAAGCUGUUGGUGAGUCUUUCUUGGACUAUCUUCUUGCUCCUUCCUUGUGAUCAGCCCCAGAGUCUGUGAUUCCAACAGUCUUCACCCCCCGCCCCUCAACAUCCCCGCAUUCGUCAUCACCAUGGGGGAGGUAGUCCAGAUGCACUUCACCACGGUGGACUACGUCAUCUUUGUCUUGCUGCUGGUGACCUCAGCUGGCAUUGGCCUCUUCUAUGCCCUCUCUGGUGGGCGCCAGCGCACAACACAGGAGUUCCUGAUGGCUGACCGCUCCAUGAGCUGCCUGCCUGUCUCUCUCUCUCUGCUGGCCACUUUCCAAUCAGCCGUGGCCAUCCUGGGGGUUCCGUCUGAGGUGUACACCUUUGGAACACAGUACUGGUUCCUGGGCUGCUCCUACCUCUUGGGCCUGCUUAUCCCAGCUCAUAUUUUCAUACCAGUCUUCUACAGGCUACAGCUGUCCAGUGCCUAUGAGUAUCUGGAGCUGCGCUUUAAUAAGACUGUUCGCAUAUGUGGGACUGUGACCUUCAUCUUUCAGAUGGUAAUUUAUAUGGGGGUGGUCCUAUACGCUCCAGCUUUGGCACUCAAUGCAGUGACAGGAUUUGACCUAUGGGGGGCAGUGCUGGCCAUGGGAUUGGUGUGCACUCUUUAUACUGCUCUGGGGGGCCUGAAGGCAGUCAUCUGGACCGAUGUCUUCCAGACAGUAGUGAUGUUUGCAGGCCAGCUGACAGUCAUUGUGGUGGGAUCCAGUCAGGCAGGGGGUAUAAGUGAGGUCUGGAGGAAAGCAGUCAAUGGCAGCCGCAUUGCUGGACUAGACCUGAACCCGGACCCUCUGGAGCGUCACACCUUCUGGACUCUGGCUGUUGGGGGAAUCUUCCUAAUGCUGGCUCUAUACGGGGUCAACCAGGCCCAGGUCCAGAGAUACCUCAGCUCCCGCACAGAGAAAGAAGCUGUCAUGUCUUGCUAUGUUGUCUUCCCGUGCCAGCAAAUUGUCCUGUGUUUAGGUUGUCUGAUGGGUCUGGUCAUGUUUGCUCGGUAUGGAGAGGACAGUCCUCUUAACAAGGGCUAUGUCAAGACUAAGGACCAGAUGGUGCUAUACUUUGUAAUGGAUGUAUUCAGCGAUCUCCCUGGGCUCCCAGGACUGUUUGUGGCUUGUCUCUUCAGUGGAGCUCUCAGCACCAUCUCAUCAGCCUUCAACUCCCUAGCAACAGUAACUAUGGAGGACCUGAUUAAACCUCAUUUUCCAAGGAUGACUGAAGCUAAAGCCACACUACUGUCCAAGGGCCUUGCUUUGACCUAUGGCCUGGUGUGUCUGGCUAUGGCCUACCUCGCCUCCAUAAUGGGAUCUGUGCUGCAGGCAGCCUUCAUGAUCUUUGGGAUGGUGGGUGGUCCCCUGCUGGGCCUCUUCUGCCUAGGAAUGUUUUUCCCCUGGGCAAACUCAGUUGGUGCAGUAUUCGGAUUAGUAGCAGGCCUUGCCAUGGCCUUUUGGAUUGGCAUUGGCAGCUGUGUGAUGCAUAUGUCAGGUUCCACCACAGUAUCACCACUCAACACCACUUCUCUGCCACUGUUGAACAACAUGACCAGUACAGUCAUGACUACACUUGUCAGCGGCACGACAGCCAAACCAAGGCCAACCGGAGUGGAAGCACUAUACUCAUUGUCCUACAUGUGGUACAGUGCUCACAACUCAACAACUGUGGUGGUGGUGGGACUGAUAGUCAGCCUGCUAACUGGACCUAUGAAGGAAAAGGAGCUGAUGCCCGGCACAGUGUAUCCAGUCCUGGGCACACUGCUCUUCUUUCUGCCUGAGCGCUACAGAGAAAAGCUUUGCUGUGUCACUCCACUAGCUCAGAAGCCCAAAGAGGUUAACAUGCCUCCUUAUCAGAUGGCCAAGAAAGGCAGCAAUGGAGCUGCGUACUGCCAAGAUGACACUGUCACAGAGGACAAAGAAACAGAGAAUGACAGAAAACAAACAGAGGAGAAAGACCUGGAAAUGAGGAUCACUCUGCACUCGUGCCAACCGACAGCUCACACAGUUCAGGAGACGUCUCUGUGAUCCUUUUUGUCCACUUAUAAUUCACACACAUUCACAAACCUUGAAUCUUAACUGUUGUAUGAUCAGUUUCUUGGAGAGAGGUGCAGCAAAAGACAGGACAUAGAAGAGAAGUGUGUCACCAAGUUGGUCUUUGGCGUUAGUAUUUUACACUGACAAAAUCACUUGAUCAGAGAAACAGACUUGCGUACCUGUGUGGGGAAACUGGUUUUGUACCUGCUUGUCUGCCUGUUUUUUUUUUUCUCAAAAAUAAAAAAACCAACAACUGGAAAUCAACUUAUGCCAUGCUGGAACUGUACAUCGAAUUAGCUAAAUACUGCAGUCUAAAAAGAAACUAGUCAGUUGAUCUCUGUUCAAGAUUCCCUACUUGAUGUUGUUUACAGGCUUUUGGGUCAGUCCAGAUGUGUGCAGCUGACUGUUAGAAUGCUGGGCAACUCUUAUGCACAAUGAGCUGUUCCACUGUGACUGGAUUUGUUGAUGUUUUAACAAAAGAAUCCGGUAGUUGAUAGCUGCUAGAUUUAAAAUGUGCUGUUUUUGUAGAAAAGAUGGGACCAUAAAAUCCCAGAAUAUGUAUCAGAUAAUAUAAAAACAAAAAAUGUCAAGAUAGACUCCACUUUAAUAGAAGACAUUACAGGUCUGUGCUACUGUUGUAGUGUAGUGACUUUAUGGUACAUUGUCUUGGUUCAAUACUAAUAGUCACCUUCCACCUGCUACUGUAACUGAUUACAGUGAAUCCUCAAAAACAGAGCCAUGUGUUCAGAUGAAGGCAGAGAUUACACAGCAUAGUAAAUCCUCUGCUACCAGGACGUGUUCUACAAACUGUGUACGAGUAGAAAGCAACCCAGUGAGUGAGCACAGCUGCUGGCUCCCCAUUCAUGCUCUCACUGUUUCCCCACAGGAGGUUAAUAUUGUCCAUUUUGUUUCCAACUCUGAGGAGUUGUGUGUAUGCAUAUACAGUAUAUCACAGAAGUGAGUACACCCCAUCACAUUUUGUAAAUAUUUAAGUAUAUCUU